AUGUGCGCGGCGGGGAGGCGCUGGGGCCGGCGGCAGCGAGUGCUGCUGUGGGGCGUCCUGCUGGCGGCCUGGGAGGCGGCGUGGGGGCAGCUGCGCUACUCGGUGCCCGAGGAGAUGCCCAAGGGCUCGUUCAUCCGCGUGACGGUGCUGGACGCGAACGACAACGCGCCCGUGUUCAGCCAGGCGGAGUACACGGUGCGUGUGCCGGAGGACGUGCCCGUGGGCUCUGUCCUCGUUACCGUGACGGCCACCGACGACGACGAGGGUCUGAACGGACACGUGAAAUAUUCGUUUAAGAAAAUAAUAGAUAAAGAGUCGCAGAUUUUCCUGCUUGAUUCUGAGACAGGAGCGAUCACACUUUUGCGAAGCCUGGACUUCGAGGAAGGCGAUUCCUUCAAACUGGAGGUUCAAGCACAUGAUGGUGGAGCUCUCUUCGACACAGCUAAAGUCGUAGUCACCGUGACAGAUGUGAACGACAACGCUCCUGAACUGAUAGUGUCGUCGGCGCUGAGUGCGAUCUCGGAAGACGCCCCGACAGGGACGGUGGUGGCCCUGCUGCACGUGCAGGAUCAAGACUCGGGAGCAAACGGGGAGGUGCGCUGCUCCCUCGACGGAGGUGUCCCGUUCCGACUAGAGAAAUCCUAUGAGAGCUACUACCGCGUGGUGACAGCGAGAGAGCUGGACCGGGAGCAGGAGUCGGAGUACAACGUGACGGUGCGGGCGGCCGACGGCGGUCGUCCGUCGCUGCAGAGCAGCAGGGUGCUGUGUGUGCGGGUGCUGGACGUGAACGACAACGCGCCGGUGUUCUUGCAGGAGCGCUACAGCGCUCGGCUGUCGGAGAACAACGUGGCGGGCGCGCUGGUGCUGCGGGUGCGGGCGACGGACUCGGACUGGGGGGAGAACGCGCGCGUGCGGUACCGGCUGGGGGAGGGUGGUGUGCGGGGCUCGGCGCUGUCGUCGUACGUGUCGGUGCAGGCGGAGACGGGCGCGCUGUACGCGCUGCGCUCGUUCGAUUACGAGGAGGUGCGCGAGGUGGGGCUGUGGGUCUGGGCGGAGGACGGCGGCUCGCCGGCGCUGAGCAGCAACGUGUCGGUGCGGCUGGUGAUCGUGGACGAGAACGACAACGCGCCGCAGGUGCUGUACCCGCCGGCGGCGGGGGCGUCGGGCUCGGGGUGGGCGGGCGUGGAGCUGGCGGCGCGGUCGAGCGAGGCCGGCGCGCUGGUGGCCAAGAGCCACCUCCGCUUCUCGGCCGCCAGCUGCUGCGACACCCUGCCGGCCCGGCCGCCGCCCGACGAGCCCGCGCCGCUGCUCGGAGACCAGGAACCUGCCGGUCCCAAGCACGAGAACCCCGCCCCUCUCUCGGGAAAUGGACUGGGCAACAUCUGGUCCAUUGAUGAUGUCUGUCUGCCUGUUAUGAAGAUGAAGGAUUGGGUUGCAAGCAGUGACUGUGCCGGGAGGAGGCUGCGGGCGCCGCUGUUGCCCGAGAGGAGCGAGAGGAAGGUCGGAGCGCUGCAGCCCCGCCCGCUGCGGCCCGGCUCGAUCGCUGGAUCGCUGGAUUCCUGGGUCGGCAGCCGGAUUGCGGUCUGCGAUUGUGCCUGCGGAGCUGAUCCCUGCUGA